AUGCCUCCGAAGCGUAGUAAUAGGCGGGGUGGAGCCGGAAAUAGGGGUGGUCGUGGCCGUGGCUGUGUGGAGCCAUUAGAAGAUGAGGCUAGCCAACAUGGGGAAGCUUCGCACGGAGGUGGGGAAUUGGGGGCCAGGCCAAAUCCAAGGGUGCGGAAUGUUCAGAACCCUCUUGCUAGGGAUAUUGUCGCGGCACUUGCAGCCGCUAACCUCUUGCAACCUCCUCCUAGGGAUAAUGCGGACAGUCGGGCCUUAGUUGCCAUGCGAGAAUUCAGCCGUCUAAAUCCACCUUUGUUUGAUGGGGCAAGUAGUGACCCCCUCAUGGCCGACCACUGGUUGGCUCAGAUUCGUAAGAACUUCACCGCUCUUAAGAUUACCGAAGAUGACUUGCGUGUGAGUAUCGUGGCCGUUCAACUUAUCGGAGAGGCCGGUGAAUGGUGGGAAUCUAUCUUAGAAAGUAGGAAGGACACGAGGAGGGCAGCUAGGACCGCAGCUCAGGCGAAUGAGCCCGAUGUUGAAAAUUUGACGUGGGCCGAAUUCGAGGAUCUAUUUGCGAGUCAGUAUUUUCCAGACUCAUCUCGUGACCAAUUGAGGGAUCAAUUUGAGAAGCUUGAGCAAGGUAAUAUGACCGUUUCUGAAUACGCAUUGAGGUUUCAGUCCUUGUCACGAUUUGCUCCCGAGCUAGUAGCAACCGAGGAUAGGAAGUGUCGACGCUUCGAGAGGGGUUUGCAUUCUUCCGUAAAGAGAUUGGUAGUGGCUCAGCAUAAGAUGAGAUAUUUCGAGAUUGUUGAAUGCGCGAGGAGUGUCGAAAUACCAAAGGAGUCUCAGAGAAAUAGGGGAGUUUGGGAACCUAGGCAACCGACCGUUACCGCUAGUUCUUCGGGGACUUUUGGGAGCCAGGGGAGGAAAAGGCUAAGGGAGUCGUCUUCUGCAACUCAAAGCCAACCGAAUGUUAGGGCGUCUACCAAUUCUUCUGGUGUUCGAGGAGCUCAUUCUAGGUCAGCGGUUACGUGUCACCGUUGCGGUCAGCCGGGCCACUUUCGCGCAGAUUGUAGGUCGAAGGAGUGUUAUGUGUGUGGGGAGUUUAGCCAUCUAGCCAGGGAUUGUCCUCGUAGAGUGAGAAGUGCUCGUAGUGAGUCGGGUUCCGUGCAGCAGCCGGGGUCAGGGCAUGGGUUUAGCCAGCAGUCAUUCAGGGGUACACAGAGACAGCAACAACCACAUUUCCGUCAGACCACUAUCGUUCAGGGCUCUCAGAACGAAAGGGGUGCGACUUCUUCUUCCCCUUCUCAGGCUUUAGGACAGCGGGGAGGAUUUGUGCAGAAUCAGACUACUCAGGGAAGGGCUUUCGCCAUCACUUCUACUAUUCCACCACCUCAAGUUACUUCUCAUGCUCCAGAGGCUUCGGUUGUGAGGGGUACAUUUCUAUUGUUCAAUUCCUUUGCUAAAGUACUCUUUGAUUCUGGAGCAUCUCAUUCAUUUAUUGCUGCAUCCUUUGUGUGUACUUUGGAGUUGGAAACUGAAAGUAUGAGUCCACCGUUGUUUGUUGAAACACCCUUAGGGGGUAGGACACCCUUGGAUCGUAUUUGUCGAAACUGCGAACUUCUUAUUCAUGACCGCCGCUUCACCUUUGAUUUCAUUGUAUUGGGAAUGUCGGGUUUUGAUCUUAUUUUGGGAAUGGAUUGGUUAUCUACGUUUCAUGCCACCAUUGAUUGUUUCAAGCGUCGAGUUCGUAUUUGUCCGCCUGAGGGUGUUUGUUUUGAGUUCUUUGGGGAGCGUCGGGAACCGUUGGAGCCGUACCUUUGUGGGUCUCGAGAGCGGGAGUCCAUUUAUCCUUUGUUGGCGAGUUUGACUCUAGAUGAGGAUGUGUCCGCGCGUGGGGAGUUGCCUCUUGUUGUUUGCAAUUUCCCGGAUGUGUUUCCGGAGGAGUUACCCGGUUUACCUCCCGAGAGAGAAGUCGAGUUUACUAUCGAGUUGCUUCCCGGUACCACACCAAUCUCUGUGCCACCUUAUCGUUUUGCUCCCGCCGAACUUAGGGAAUUAAAGGUCCAGUUGCAGGAAUUGGAAAAUUUAGGGUUUAUUCGCCCAAGUACAUCUCCGUGGGGAGCACCGGCACUUUUUGCGCAAAAGAAGGAUGGCUCACUUCGUUUGUGUAUUGAUUACCGUAAGCUCAACCGUGUCACCAUUAAGAAUAAGUAUCCAAUGCCUAGAAUUGACGACCUGUUUGAUCAACUUCGGGGUGCGUCUUAUUUCUCUAAAAUCGAUUUGAGGUCCGGUUAUCAUCAAUUAAGGGUCGGAAGAGAGGAUGUUCCAACCGCUUUUCGUACGCGUUAUGGUCAUUAUGAGUUUGUAGUUAUGCCUUUUGGGUUGACGAAUGCGCCGGCUACUUUCAUGGACUUAAUGAACAGUAUCUUUCGUGCCUACCUUGAUCGCUUCGUGGUCGUUUUUGUAGACGACAUUCUCAUAUACUCACCAUCGGAGGUGGAACACCAAUCUCAUCUCACUAUCGUUCUUGAACUCUUGAGAGAGCACCGUUUGUAUGCGAAGCUUAGUAAAUGCGAGUUUUGGUUAUCCGAGGUUAAAUUCUUGGGUCACGUGGUUUCCAAUGGUGGAGUGUCUGUAGAUCCAGAGAAGAUACAGUCCGUUAUGAAUUGGCAUCGACCGAAAAAUGUGUUCGAGAUUCAUAGUUUCUUGGGUUUGGCAGGGUAUUAUUGCCGUUUCGUCCUAGACUUUUCACGCUUAGCGGCACCUAUGACUAGGUUGACACGGAAAGGGACACGUUUUGUUUGGGGUGAUGCAUGUGAGACAGCUUUUGAGGAAUUGAAGAAAAGAUUGACGACCGCGCCGAUUUUGAUUGUGCCCGAACGUGGAAUUGGCUAUUCUGUUUAUUGCGAUGCUUCAAAAGAGGGGCUUGGGUGCGUUUUGAUGCAAUUGGGGCGAGUAGUGGCGUAUGGGUCGCGGCAAUUGAAAACUCAUGAGCGGAAUUAUCCUACGCAUGACUUAGAACUUGCGGCCGUUGUAUUUGCGUUGAAGAGUUGGCGUCAUUACUUGUACGGUGAGAGAUUUGAGGUCUUUUCUGAUCACAAGAGUUUGAAAUACCUAUUCUCCCAAAAAGAGCUUAACUUGCGACAACGACGUUGGAUGGAACACUUGGAGGACUAUGACUUUGACUUGCAAUAA